AUACUCACAACCCUAGCUGCUUGCCUCUUGAUUUACAGAAGUAAUUUGAAGCCGAAGAACGGAAAUCAAUUUGAAACUCAUUAGCUACAAAUAAAAGAGUAGUGCCCCCAAAGCGGCGAAAUCAAUUUGGUUUUCUUCCUUCAUAGAGAAUAAUUUGUCAUGAAGGGUAAGAAAGUGAAGAACAAGAAGAUCACAAUGGUGGAGGAAACCCAAAUAGACAGGCUGAGCGAUUUACCGGAUGGUUUGAUCCUACACAUUCUAUCCUUAAUGGACACCAAAUAUGCAGUGCAAACCUGUGUUCUGUCCAAAAGAUGGAAAUAUCUUUGGAUACAUAUAUCCAGUGUCCAUUUCCACAGCAAGUCGUUCUCUAGAUUGGAAGACUUCAGAAGUUUUAUGUACCAUGUUCUGCAGCGUUGCAAGAUGUCUAAUCUUCUUGCAUUCUGCCAUCACAGUCACAAUUAUCUUAACGAGGAAGAUAAGUACACGCUUGAUAGAGUCACUGAUUUAACUGUUUCACGCCGUCUUCAAGAGCUUAUUUUGACUUUUGCUCAUUUGGAUCGGAAUUGGCAUACUUUGAAAAAGUUAGACCUGGCAUACAGUAUUUUCAGGUGUCAAUCUUUGAGAGUUGUCAGACUUGAAAAUUUAUUUGACUUUGGCAACUUCCCAGACUCUUUGGAAUUGGCAUCACUAGAAACUUUAACUCUAACCAGAGUGACGCUAUCUAGUAAAAAUCAUUGUAAUGAUCUCUUUUCAAAAUGUGGGAAAUUGCAAAACCUUGUUUUACACAAGGUUACCAUUAGGAUAUCCAGUGUAUUCAACAUAUCAGCUCCUGAAUUGGUCAAUUUGACCAUAUGUAGUCCUGAAUUUGAAACUACCAAUGGCACCGGCAAGCAUCCGAGUGAAAAAAAGGUUGUGGUUAGGGCAACGAAAUUGACCUCUUUCAUCUUAUCAGUUGAUCACAAACUAUAUUAUUUUUCUAUAUAUAACUCUCCCCUUCUUUAUUAUGUGGAAGUGAAAGCAUCAGGUGUCUUAAGUCAUUACUUUAACAAUGGAAGAUAUGUUUUGCAUCUUAUUGAUGUUCUACGGGAGCUUGGCAAUGCAAAAUCACUCGCUAUAUCAGGAAACAUCCUAGAGUUUCUUUCAAAGAAUUACAGUGUGCUUGAACAUCAGUCUUCUCCCUUUCGAAAUAUCGAGUCCUUCAAAGUACUGGGCCAAGAAAACAAAAGCAAGAUGAUGGAAUGGUCGAAAGUGUUGCAGUUCUUGCUUCAGGACUCUCUCAUUGCAGACACGAUGUUUUUCGAAAUUCAGAAAGGGAAAAAGUAAUCACAAAGUCGCUACAACUGUCUUGGAUGAGGAAAAGAACGCAUGAAAGUGCAGAUGUUUUUCCGUCUUUAUAAUAUAUAUUUGGAAGUGGGGAUUUGAAUCUAUCUCUAUCUCUUUAAGAUGGGAGCAUGCAAUUUGUUUUUUUUUUUUAAACAUUGAGAAAUGGGAGUAAGAAAGAUUAUACCACAAG